CAGGAAAGCACACAGAGAUCUCCACAUAGCCUAUCUGGAUUUGAAUUGUCUAUUUCUGAAGUGUAUAAAGUUCACACGAAUAUAGAACCUAACAAAGCCUGUGGCCCAGACAACUUACCUGGGAGAAUACUUAAAGAAGUAGCCGUAGAAAUCAGUCCAGCUUUAGCCAAGUUAUUCAAUCAGUCACUGUUCGAUGGCGAGUUUCCCCAACAGUGGAAAAUGGCAAAUCUAACCCCUCUUCAUAAAAAACGACGAUUCAACAUUAGCGAACAAUUACC